AUGCCAGCACCGGUCGCUCUCUCGUCUCGCGUCAAAGGCGCCAUCUUUGGCCUCGCCGUGUGCGACGCCUUAGGAGGCCCCGUCGAGUUCAAGCCCCGCGGAUCCUUUGAUCGAGUGACGCAAAUGCUGCCCAACGACAACUUUGGCCUCCCGCCGGGCUGUUUCACGGACGACACCUCCAUGACUCUGUGCCUGGCGCAGUCGCUUCUGGAGUGUGGCGGGCAGUCCAACAUCGUGGAUCAGGUCAAGAAGUACAUCUCAUGGUGGCGGAACGGGUACAUGUCGUCGGUCGGGCGGUGCUUCGACAUUGGCGUCUCGACGAGAAGCGCGCUCGAGAUGUGGGACAGCUUCCUCCACCUCGACUAUCGCGACUCGUCACCGCCAGUGGAAGAGUCCCAUCGCGCGAUCCUGAAAAAGAUCACUUUUUCGUUUGGCAAGGACGAAUACUGCGGCAACGGGAGCCUGAUGAGAGUGCUCCCUACGGCGCUGGUCGCCCCGAGCGAGCCGGAAGCCGUCCAGCUCGCCCACGAGAGCUCGCUUCCCACACACCCGCAUCCCCGGUGCGUACACGCGUGCAUGAUUUACGCUGCUUUGGUACUGCAGACCCUCAACGGCGCUUCCAAGACCGAACUCGCCGUCAGCCUGGCCGAGUCGGUCAAGGAGCUGCCCAGCAACGUCUCGGACAACACGCCCAUCGAACCCGUGCUCGCGGAGCGGCUGGGAAAGUACCAGACACUGCAAGACUGGGAGAAGACGCCGGCCGAAUCGAUCCGCAGCACGGGCUACGUCGUCGACACUCUUGAGGCGUCACUGUGGGCCUUUUUCAACUCGGACACCUUCGAGGAGGCGGCCGUUCUGGCUGUCAAUCUAGGCUACGACGCAGACACCGUGGGCGCGAUCUGCGGCGGGCUGGCCGGGACUUAUCAUGGCUUCGAGGCGAUUCCGGAGAGCUGGCUCCGCGAGAUGAAGAAGACGGAUCAACUGAACGAAGUAGCCCAGAAAAUAGUCGAUCACAGGAACAGAACAAUAUAG